AUGAGUAUGAGGCCAGAUGAUCACCGUAGAAAAUGGGAUAAAGAUGAAUUCGAAAAAAUCGCAGCAGAACGAUUAAAGGCGGAAUUGGAGGAAGAAGAAAAAGCAAAGAAAAAAGCGCCUCCUAUCAAAAGAGAGCUCUUGAAGCAGCGAGACUACAAGGUUGACUUAGAUUCUAAAUUAGGAAAAAGCGUGGUAAUCACAAAGAACACGCCAACAUCACAAUCAGGAGGGUACUAUUGUAAUGUUUGUGAUUGUGUUGUCAAAGAUUCCAUUAACUUUUUGGACCAUAUUAAUGGCAAAAAACAUCAGAGAAAUCUUGGAAUGUCCAUGAAAAUUGAAAGAAGUUCAUUAGAUCAGGUUAAAGCUCGCUUCGCUCUCAAUAAGCGUAAACUUGAAGAAAAGAAACGUGAAUAUGAAUUGGACUCUCGUUUGCGUGAGGCAGCAGAGGAGGAAGCCAGGGUAAAAGAACUUCGUCGAGAAAGACGCCGGGAUAAAAAACGUAAGCUAAUGGAAAGCGAUGAACCUGAGGAUGAUGCUCCAGCUCAGUCGGAACUAGCACAGAUCAUGGGUUUCUCAGGGUUUGGAGGUGCCAAAAAGUAA